AUGCAAGCAAGCUUAGCGCGGUCCUUGCAAACAUCCAGAGGCCCACUGCUCACACAUCGCACUCGGACUGCAACGCUCUCGGGGCACUGCUAUCAUUCUAGGGCCCGACAAACGCUUGCCCCAACACUCGUGACAAUGGGUUAUCGCUCGUCUGCCAGGGAGGCCAUCUCGGAUGCCUACCAUACCGUCAGACGUCGCAGACAUGCAGACACGCCGAGACAUCAUGCGAAGGAGAAGAUCGCCAUCAUUGGUUCUGGCAAUUGGUGUCCCGUUGACGCGCCUCGAGCAGGUCAGAAUGUCCUGACGCAUCCCGACUCGUUCGAUGACCAUGUGCCCAUGUAUGUGCACGAAGAAGAGAUAAAUGGACGCAAACUCACAGAGAUCAUCAAUGAGGAACACGAGAAUGUCAAAUAUCUGCCGGGCAUCAAGCUUCCCGAUAACGUGCAGGCGAUACCCGAUCUGGCAGAAGCCGUCGACGGCGCUACUGCACUUAUAUUCGUCUUGCCACAUCAGUUUAUUCCCUCUAUCUGUCGUGACCUGCGCGGCAAGAUACCCAAACACGGCGUCAAGGCCAUCUCACUCAUCAAAGGCGUAGACGUCAAAGGAACAAAUAUCGCCAUCUUUGCAGACGUCAUCGAAUCUCUGCUCAAUGUCAGCUGCAGCGCGUUGUCGGGCGCCAAUAUUGCAGACGAAGUCGCAAAGGGCGCCUUUUCGGAGACGACAGUAGGCUACAGACGCAAAGUUGACGGCGUGAUGUGGCAGAAGCUCUUCCAGAACGAAAACUUCCACGUGCAGAUCAUCGACGAUGUAGCGGGCGUCUCACUCUGCGGCGCACUCAAGAACGUCGUCGCUGUUGCUGCAGGCUUUUCAGAUGGACUGGGUUGGGGUAACAACUCGAAAGCGGCCAUCAUGCGGAUCGGUCUGCUCGAAAUGAAGAAAUUCUCGAUGGAGUUCUUUCAAGGCGUCAGACCGGAGACCUUCGUCCAGGAGUCUGCGGGCGUCGCUGAUCUGAUCACUACCUGCUUCGGUGGACGGAACCGCAAGUGUGCAGAGGCAUAUGUCAAAACAGGAAAGCCGUUCGAUGUGCUAGAGAAACAGCUUCUGAAUGGGCAGAAGCUGCAAGGCGUCGAGACUGCGCGGGAGGUCCACAAUUUCCUGCAAGCACGUGGCAGGGUGGACGAAUACCCUCUUUUCAGGACAGUGUAUGAGAUUGCCUACAAGUCUCUCGAACCUUCAAAGAUCACGGCGAAGUUGUAG